CUUGAUGAAAUCGGUUUAAAAGAGGCGUUUUCCCCAAUUCCUUUUAGUUCUUCCGACUUGUAACGCUGAGAACACCAGUACACAUGGGAUCUACACCUCAAGAAGCAAUCUCUGUUUCGAGAUUUGUCGAACUGCUAAAGCCGAAAUUGAAAACCUCACAGUUUUUCUGGUAUCUGGGACAUGUAUCUACAGUUGUGAAUACGGUGUUGUAUCAGUUCUUUGCCAUCUUUUCGGCUAGAACUUCAAAAAAGUACUAUAACUAUGCGCUCUUAUCAAUAGUCACGACGUACUCAAUUGUGCUAUUCCAAGUGGUGAGAUCCUCAAAGACCAGCAUAUUUAACGUUCGGUUCUUGAUGUCAAACGACAACUUCCAAUACUUGGGGCUGGCGGUAGUUUGGUACUUUGUCUCCCACUACAAGGUCAUCAGCGGAGGGCUAUAUCCAUUCAUCAUAUUCUCAACCUUCCAUGCGGCAAACUAUACAAAGAACUACAUAUUGCCGAUCUUACCAAGCCUUUCGUCCCACACAAAGGAUCAUUAUUCAGCGGUGAUCCAACACUUUAUAUCAACUUACAACGAGCAAUCUCUGAUCAUCGCGACGAACUGUGAGAUUUAUAUUCUUAUACAACUCCUGUUGGCAUCUCCGUUGAUCCUGUACUACCUCAUCACAAACUUUUGGCUGGCCAUUGUCAAUGUGAUCGUACUCGUUCAAUACGCAUGCUUCAUCAAGAUGAGAUAUAGGCAAUCAAAGCAUACAAAGAUGCUGUUCGACGGUACGGUUUAUAAAUUGGAGGUCAUUGUGAACUCCGGAAGAGUUCCCGGUGCUCUUGUGGCUUAUUACUACCAGCUGAAACAACAAGCUGUUCAAAUCGUCAAUGCCCUUCCAGUUUAAGAGCCAGUAUUGACGCUAUCAAUCCAACAGCUACACAAACCAUA